GAGCACUAAACCAAACAAAACACACUCGAUGAACUAUAUAAACGCUUGCAAACACAGAUAGUCACAACUCACAAAGAUGGCGCCAAUGAAGGUGUACGGGUGGGUUGUGUCUCCGUGGAUGGCGAGGGUGCUCAUCUGCCUGGAGGAGGCCGGCGUCGAGUACGAACUCGUGCCGAUGAGCAGGGUCGGCGGCGACCACCGACGGCCGGAGCACCUCGCCAGAAAUCCCUUCGGUGAGAUCCCAGUGUUGGAGGAUGACGAUCUGACGCUUUAUCAAUCCAGAGCAAUCGCAAGGCAUAUUCUCCGCAAAUACAAGCCCGAGCUUCUAAGAUCAGGCAACCUGGAGGAAACCGCCAUGGUGGACGUAUGGGUCGAUGUGGAAGCUCACCAGCUCGAGCCUAUAAUACGGCCUGUCGUCUUCAACGUCAUCACCGGCCCAUUCGUAGGGAGGGUCUGCGACCAGGAUCUCGUCGACGAGAGCAUCGAGAAGCUGAAGAAAACACUCGAGGUUUAUGAAGCUAGGCUCUCGAGCUCGCGGUAUCUGGCGGGGGAUUUCGUCAGCCUGGCGGACCUCAGCCACUUCUCCUUCAUGCGGUACUUCAUGGCGACCAAGUACGCGGAGGUGGUCGAAGCGUACCCGCACGUCAAGGCCUGGUGGGAGGCGCUGCUGGCAAGGCCAUCCGUGAAGAAGGUGAUGGCCGGCAUGCCUCCGGAUUUUGGAUUCGGAAGUGGGAACAUACCGUAGCAACGCAUGAUGUUUAUGUGUGCAGCUCUGGUUUGUUCGGAGUGCAUUAUGGAAUAAAUGGUGACGGGGAGAAAUUUGUUUUGUGGUGUUGCAAAUAUGCCCUAGAGGUAAUCAUAUGAUAAUGAUAUUUACUAAG